AUUUUUUUUUUCUAUAAUUGUUGCAUAUGGAAGGAGAAGGCACCCUUUUGCCUAUUACAUAUAGACCUAUAGUGCUAUUCUCAAUAGGUGUGUUAGGCUGGGCGCUCGAUCUGUUUAUUCUCCAAAAGUGCGGGAUCGAUCCAAUCUCUUUACUACAACUUCAUCAGACAGACAAGCAUAUUCCUCUGCACCAACCUAUAUUUUUUUUGUCUGGGAUAUUAGGGGCUAUUUCAUGUGCUAGUCUAGCUUUAUUCUGGCACUUAAAAUCACCUUCUAUUGCAGUUUUGCCUUAUCUGCUAGCGUUACUGCUAUUAAUAUGGCCUGGAAGAUCAUUUUAUAGAAAAGAGCGACUUCGAUUUACAAGGGCAUUAAGGAGAGUCUUGUCUCUGAAUAUCUUUAGCCCAGUGUUUUUCUCUGAUAUCAUUUUAGCAGAUAUGCUAACCAGUUUUUCCAACGUAUUUGGUGAUCUUUUCAUUGCCUCCUGCGUCUUUGUUGCAGGAUAUAACUCUUCUUUCUUUAUGGACAAUACCGAGAAUAUUUAUUAUCGAGAUAUUGCUGUUCCAUUGUUGAUUAGUACACCUUAUUUAAUCCGCCUUAAACAAUGUAUAGCAGAAUACAUUGAGUCCAAAGAAAAACGCCAUGUAUUUAAUGCACUCAAAUAUGCUUCUUCAUUACCAGUUGUCAUAUUCUCAGCCGUGCAAAGGAAAGCAGCUAUUUAUAUUACAGAAACAGGCAGCGUGCCGCAUCAUUGGUACCUUAAAGAAGAUACAAUCUUCCGAUUUUGGAUCAUGUUUGUAUUUAUCAAUUCCAUGUAUUCAUUUUGGUGGGACAUUUCGAUGGAUUGGAACUUGAUCUCGGUUCAGUUAGAUCCAACGCAAGUUCAAGAACAACCGACGCUGAAGCAUCCAAAAGUGAUUCGACAUCAGCCUCAGACAUCCACGCCCAUCGUUCACUUUAGACGCCAAUUGUAUUUUUCUCAGCCAUUUUGGUAUGUCCUCAGUAUCUUUUUUGACUUUCUUUUGCGGAUCACCUGGAGUUUAAAACUAAGCUCUCACAUCUAUUUACGAAAAUUGGAUGGUAGUAUCUUUUUGAUGGAAUUACUGGAGGUGUUUCGACGAUGGAUGUGGGUCAUUUUUAGACUGGAAAGUGAAUGGGUCAAGAAAGUCUACAACAGUCUGCCUAAUGCAGCCUUUGAAAACUUGCGAAUGGACUUAUUAGACCGUAGAUCCUCGGGUACAUUGUCUCCUAUCGUAGAAGAAGAAGAUCCGUGACUUGUUUAGAAUCACAUCAAUAAAUAAUUUUUCUUUUUUCGCAUCUGUUUUUUCCCUUUUUC